AUGCCGCUGCCGCCCAUCGUCUCGUCGUGCGUCCUCUCGCUCGCCAUUGGCUGCGCCUCCAACGUCAUCGCCCAGAAGCUCAAGGCGUACAGCAAUGACGCGCCCUUCGUCUUCGACGGCCCGCUCUUCGUCCACUUCGCCAUCCUGGCCGUCAUCACCACGCCGGUAAACUACUGCUGGCAGAAUUGGCUCGAGCGCACCUUCCCCGGCUGGAAGAUGGUCAAGCAGAAGCGCGCCGCGUCGGCCUCGAGCCUGGACGACGAGGAGAAGCAGGAGAAGCAGGCCUUUCUGAACGACGACGGCGAGGACAAGAAGGCGAUUGAGGACGAAGUCAGGGUCCGCGACUGGUGGAACAUCUUCAGGAAGUGGUUCACCGACUGCAUCACCCUGGGCGCGUUGCUCAACACCUUCAUGUUCCUGGCGCUGAUGGGGCUUAUGGAGGGCAAGAAGACGGCGCAGAUAGCCGACGACGUCAAGAAUGAAAUGUGGACCAUCAUCUGGGACUCGUACAAAGUGUGGCCCGUUGCCAACUUCUUCAGCACCACCUACUGCCCCGUCGAGCGCCGCAUCGUCUUCCUCAGCUUCUGCGGCCUGCUGUGGAACAUCUACCUGACCCUCGUCGCCGCCAGGCUGUAA